AGGCACGAUAUAGUAGAUUAUCUGUUGGCCAUGGAAGAUAUCCAAAUCAACAGACAAACCUACCCGGGAGAUACCCCUCUUCUCCUAGCGUCUUCGAACGGACACUACGAUAUGGCCAAAAAACUGAUUGAAGCAGGCUGCGACGUGAACCUGGCCAACGUCAAGCAACAGACGCCGCUGCAUGUGGGCAUUCGCCACCCCAACAUAACACAACUUCUGAUAGAGAGCGGAGCCCACUUGGAUGCCUUGGAUUACUGCAACGAAACCCCCUUGUUUGAAACCAUCCUGGAGAACUGCCUUGAAACGUUUUGUAUGUUGCUCUGUUACAAUGCCGAUCCUAAUGUAUAUUCAGAGAAUGGUAUCACUCCUUUUAUGAAAGCUAUCAUUUCGGAGAAUACGGAUAUGCAGGAGUUUCUACUAGAAUACGUUACGGAUUUCCAUGCUCGUACAGCCAACUUUUUUAUAGCAGAAGGUAUGACUGUACUGAAUCUCGCGAUAACCCACGAAUGCCCAUUGGUCGAGGAAAUCAUCCGUAGAGGCGCCAACGUCAACUACCCCGUCCACCCCGAUUUGAACACCUUCUCCCUAUGCCUUCGAGUACCCAACCUGAACAAGUUCAGAGUGAUCUGGAAGGACUUCAAAUACCAGAAAAUGACGAUGAGCCUCAUCAGGUUCAUUGUAGAAAUACUAGACGACGCUUACGUUUACGAUUAUAUACAAAUAAUCUUCGAAAGUGGUAAUAUCGAUCCUCUAUUUGAAGAUUUCGAAUUGUUGCCGUAUUUGGAAUUUGUAAAGUCCCAACCCAAUCCUAUGGUAUAUUUUGAAAUGACAUUAGAUAUUAUUUAUUUGUAUUUGUGUUACGGUCAUAUCCUGUUGAAUUCGGAAGUGAGUUGUGUAUAUGAUCUUUAUGGUCAUCGUACUGACGUGAUGAGGAUUUGCCUCCAUAUGGAUAUUAGAUACAUGUAUGAUGUGGAUACGACUAAAACUCUAGCUCGAGUUUUAUAUGACACCGAUUUGAAAAUAUCACAGUUUAAAAAAUAUUUCAUCCCUUUAGUAUUAGAAUAUGAUGUGGAUAGCGCCAAAAGGUUUGAGCCGUAUUUUAGAAUAAACAGGGAUUGGAUUAAAUAUCCCUAUCGCUUAGAUCCAGAGAAGCAAUUUUUGUGUGGUGUUCCGUCGUUAUUGGAACUUUCCAGAAACAAAACUAGAGACUAUAUAAUUAAGAAAUUCAGAUUUUAUAGCUCGCAUACGACUAUAUACGGAUGUAAAUUAUAUUUUUUGUAUUUGAAUUGUUUGAAUAUACCGAAAAUUUGUAAAGAUAUCUUGUCAUUUCAGCAGCCCGUUUAUUGCUCUUAAGUGUGUACAAGAUUUCUCAAAAAUACCAAAGAAACUCG